AAAUGCCUGGUGAAGCCACAGAAACUGUUCCAGCUACAGAACAGGAACUGCCACAGCCUCAGGCUGAGACAGGUAUCGUGGAUGCUGGUUAGCAGAGAACCAGAUUUCCUUGUUUGCUACAUUUCUGCCUGGAAGUUUAGGGGACACUGCAUGUCAUUGUGACUGAAUCUCAACUAUACACACCUGCGCAUGGGGAUGUUGUACACUGCAUGACUGGAUUGCUAAGCACCUCAUGGGGCAUGUGUAAACACUGUUGUGUUUCCUGGGUGGUAUCUGAACAGUUAACACUGUUGCAAUAACUCCAGCUCCAGUUCCUGGGGCCCCUGUGGAAGUGAUGCUGACAGCUGAGGAGUCCAAACCAGUUGCUACCAAGAGUCCUGAGCUGGCAGGCAAGGGUUCUCAGGCUGGGACUGCUGUAGAGCAUUCAGCACCAGCCAUUGCUGCCUUUUCUGCUGGCGCUUCUGAAGCGCUUGCAGCCUGUUUUUCUGAGCCUCCCAUUCAAGCAUCAGCUGCUGCUUCCGGCUCUUCUGUUUCUGGUGCUUCCUCUUCAUCCCAUGACACUAAUUUUCCCCUUGCAGGACUUUGUGUGGCACCUGCUGGCUUUACUGCUUCACCUGGACAGGUUUUCUCACCCAUGCCAAUCACUCUUGGUCCCGCUUUGCCACCUAGUAUUCCAACUGUAAUGACCCAGACUCCUCUGCCUCCUCCCCUGAAGCCUCCAAAUUUGGCUGUUUCUGCACAGAUGCUUUGUCCCUCAUCUCCAGACAUUUCAUUAGAUUGGCUCCCAGGUCAAACAGGUUCUUCUGACUCUCUCAGUGUGGCUGCUCCAGCUUCCUCUGUGAACUCAGUGCCAACAGCUUCCCCACUUUCUCAGAAGCCUCCUGUCCAAGCUCCUCCUCUCCAAGCUCCUUUCAUUCUCCCUGUUGCUCCUGUAUCUCCUUUGGCCUCCAGUCCAGAUUCUCUCAUCUUUCCAGUCAGUCCUGCAUCCCCUGUCACUGCUCUUGUUUCAAACCAGAUGCCCCCACCCUCUGAUCCAUCUCCCCUUCCUCCACUGGCUGCAGUUGCUUCUCCCACAUCACCACUGCUUCCUGUCCUUAGUCCUGUGAUGACGCCUCCAGUUUCUGAUAUUCCUGUAGGCCCUGCUUCUGGUCCGGUGGCUCCUGCUUCACCUUCAGUCCCCUCUUCCCAUGUUGCUGAAUCCCAUAGCACUGCACCACAGCCUGCUUCUCCUAGCACACCUGUAAGUUCUGCUACAGCAUCUCUUUCUCCUGUUCCCAUUGCAGUGACUACUCACAGCCCCAUGGCUUCUUCUGUGCCCACAUCUAGUCCUGUGGCCCCUGCAGGACCAGCAGUGGAACCUUGUUAUCCCACAACUCUUUCUUCAGCACCAGUUUCUGACCCCAUGGUUGCUGCUUCCUUCCCCAUGGCCUCAGCUCUGUCCCCAGCUGCCCCUCCUAUGCCUCUGGCAGGCCCUGCUCCUAAAACAUCAGUGUGCAAAUCACCACCUGCAAAACCUGUUUCCCCUUCGCACCCUGUUUCUGAUCCUGUAGCCCCAGCAGGGCCUGCAUCUAAACCUGUGGCACCUACAAAGCCACCUGUGAAACCUGCUUCCCCUUCAAAACUUGUUUCUGAUGCUGUAGCUCCUUCUGUGAUACCAGCAGUGCCACCUGUACAACCUUCUUUAGACCCUGUAGCUCCAGCAGGGCCUGAGUCUAAACCAGCAGUGCCUUCAGUGCCACCUGUGAAACCUUCUGGCCCAGUGCCACCUGUAGUGCCACCUCUAGAAUCCACUUCUGACCUUGUGGCCCCAGCAGGUCCAGUACCCAAGCUGGUGGCACCUACAAAGCCCUCUGUGAAACCUGCUUCCCCUUCAGCACUUGUUUCUGACUCUGUAGCCCCUCCAGUGGCACCAGCAGUGCCACCUGUACAACUUGAAUCUAAACCAGUGGUGCCUUCAGGGACACCUAUGAAACCUUCUUCUUGCCCUGUGUCACCUCUGGAACCCUGUCCUGGCCUUGAGGCCCCAGUAGGACCUGCAUCCAAACCAGCAGUGCUUUCAGGGCCUCUUGUGAAACCUGUUUCUGGCCCAGUGCCACCUGUCAUGCCACCUGCAGAACCUGUAUCCAAGCCAGGGGCACCUAGAACCCAAUCUGGGAAACCUGCUUCCCCUUCAGCACUUGAUUCUGGUUCUGUAGCCCCUUCACUGGCACCAGUUGUGUCUUCAGAGACACCUGUGAAACCUGCAUCUUGCCCUAUGCCACCUUUAGAACUUUAUGGCCCUGAAGCCUCAGCAGGACCUGUAUCUAAGCCACCUGUGCUUUCAGGGCCAGCUGUGAAAGCUGCAUCUGGCCCUUUGCCACCUCUGACUCCCUCUUCUGGCCCUGUAGCCUCAGAAGGACCUGCUUCUAAACCAGUAGUAUCUUCGGAACCUCCUGUGAAGCCUGCUUUCCCUUCAGAACCUGUUCCUGACUCUGUGGUGUCACCAGUGCCACCUGCUUUGGGCCCUGUGGCCCCAGUAGGGCCCACAUCAGAAAUAGCAGUGUCUGCAGAGCUAUCUAUGAAACCUGCUUCUGGCUCUGUUUCACCCCUGAAAUGUACUUCUGGCCUUGAGGCCCCAACAAAACCUACAUCUGAACCAUUGCUUCCAGCAGCACCUCCUGCAAAACCUGCUGACCCAUCAGAAACUUCUUCUGGCUCUCUAAUUGCAGAAGGACCUAGUCCUAAAUCCUUUUCACCUUCAGUGCCCCCUUUGAAACAUGAUUCCCCUUCAGCACCUGUUUCUGAGCCUGCAGUUCCUGUUUUUGCCCCUGUUUCUAGCACUGUAGCCCCUUCUGGGUCCCAAGGAGCAACUGUUUCUACACCUUUGGCACCUGCAGUGCCUUUUGUGAAACCUAGUCCUCCUUUAACACCUGUAGCACAAGCAGUACCUUCUCAGCCUGUGAUUCCUGUUUUGACUCCUGUCCCUGACACUGUGCCUACCACUAUGGCUCCAGUAGAGUCUGCCCCCACCUCAGUGGCACCUGCAGUGAAAACCCAUUCUCUUUUGCCAUCUGUUUCUCACUCUGUGACUGCAAAAGGAGCUGAUUCUGGUCCUUUGUCCCCUCCUGUGGCUGUAGCAGCACCUGCGUCUAAACCAGUAGCACCUGCAGUGCCCCCUGAGACAUCCACUUCUGGGGCUUCCUAUCCCCAGGUCCCUACUUUGGUACCUCUUUCUGGUCCUGUGGUCCCUGCUUCCUGCCCCUUGGCUUCAGCAGUGCCUGUUCCCAUAGCUCCAGAAGGACUGGUGUCUACAGCAGGACCUCCUGGUUCUGUAGCUCCUCAUCUGGUACCCAUUUCUGAACCUGCAACCCCAACUGUAGCCCCAGGAGUGAUUGCUUCUAGUCCUGUGGCAUUGACUUGUGCCCCUGUAACUUCUCCUGAGGCUCCAUCAGUGCCUGCUCCUAGGCCUGUACCAUCUACGCUGUCCCCUGCAGCAACUGUUUCUGUGCCCCUUCCUGUGACUCCUCCUGCUUUUCCAACAUCUGUUUCUGACUCAGUCACCCUUCCAGUAGCAUCUGCUAUCCCUCCUGCCACUGAGACCCUGACUUCUCCAUUACCCCUUCCUGUAUCAUCUGCUGCCCCAUCUUCUCCUCUUAUUCUGAUGACUUCUACCCCCAAAACACCAGUUGCCCCCGUUGGCUCUGCUGCAUUAGUCUCCUCUGCUGGGGAUAUGGUGCCUCCACAGAAAACAGCAUCUUUGCCUCUUGCACCUGCUGAUCUGUCUGUUCCUGCCUCAGCUGCUUCACCUGCACCACCUCCUGCUUCCCCUGUGAAAAAGCUAGCUCCCUCUGUGCUUCCUAAACCAUUGCCAGUUUCAUCUGCAUCUGGUAUAGUUCCUGAAAAGCCACCCAAACUCCCCACCCCUGUUUCUGCUAUCCUUGAUGACGACGAGCUGCCACCUCUGAUCCCUCCAGAGGUGCCUGCUGGGGAGCCACCUCUGCAGCCAGUCCUGGUGGAUUUCUCUCCUAAACCAGCCAUGGCUCUUGCUGAGGUCCCAGCAACUGCUUCUGUUCCUCCUAUCAAACAACCUGUCGUGAAGAAUGACAAGGGAUCUGGAACAGAAUCCGACAGUGAUGAAUCAGUGCCCGAACUUGAAGAACAAGAUUCCACGCAGGCCACAACACAGCAGGCACAGCUUGCAGCAGCAGCUGAAAUAGAUGAAGAACCAGUAAGCAAAGCAAAACAGAGCCGGAGUGAAAAGAAAGCACGGAAGGCAAUGUCCAAGCUUGGCCUCCGUCAGGUCACAGGUGUAACCAGAGUUACCAUCAGAAAAUCCAAAAACAUCCUGUUUGUCAUCACCAAGCCAGACGUAUACAAAAGUCCUGCAUCAGAUACCUAUAUAGUCUUUGGAGAAGCAAAGAUUGAAGAUUUGUCGCAGCAGGCGCAGCUGGCUGCUGCUGAGAAAUUCAAAGUGCAAGGAGAAGCCGUUUCAAACAUUCAGGAAAACACACAGACUCCCACCGUACAAGAGGAAAGUGAAGAGGAGGAGGUUGAUGAGACUGGCGUUGAAGUGAAAGACAUUGAGUUAGUAAUGUCCCAAGCGAAUGUUUCCCGGGCAAAAGCCGUCCGUGCCCUGAAAAAUAACAGUAAUGAUAUCGUAAAUGCUAUUAUGGAAUUGACGAUGUAGCCACCCAGAAAAAGAGAUUUUUUUUGGUGUUACAGAGGGAAAUAAAUUGCAGCUGAAUUGACAAUUUGUACUAUUUCUAUCCAUUAAUAAAAGUUGUGGUUUAAAAGUU